AUGGCUAAAACUCGUAAAAAAUUAUCAAGAGAAGAAAAGCUGGCAAAAGAUAGACUAAGAAAACGAGAAAAUUAUGCUCAAAUUAAAAAUGAUCCCGAGUUAUACUUGCUACAAAAAGAAAAAGAAAGAAGCAGAUAUUUAGCGAGAAAAGAGAAGAAAAAGAUUUGUAGCAUUAAAGAUAUGACCCCUAGGGCACAAAGAGAGCAAAGAAGACGUUGGCGGAAAAAUUCACAGAAGUAUUUACAAAAGAAGGCAGAAAAUAUUAGAUUAGAGAAGAUGUUGGUAGAAAACUCACCUCCCCCGAGUGACUCAGGUGAUUUUGUUAAUCAGGAACCUCUUGUACUAGACCCCUUGAUACUUGAUGAACCAGCACCAAAUCAAAGCACAUCUGUACAAGUAACUAAAUCGAAAAAAAUAAUAAGGCGUAUGCGCUAUAAGUAUUUUAAAACAAUUAAGAAAUUGAAAGAUAAAAUUAAUAAGCUAGAAAAAGAGAAGGAUGCAUUACGUAAACGAAGUAAUGCACCUCUUAAAGUAUUUGACUCUAUUGAAAAAAAAGUAGAAGAAGUACUGACUGACAUACGAUCAGAAAGGAAAGAGGAAAUAAAAAAGAAACUGCUCUUCAGCGAAUCUAUAUCAAAAAAUUUACAAGAUAGCUAUCAAACUACAACUAAAAAAGAGAAAAAGAUUUUUGCAGACACAAUAAUAAAAGAUGAUAGAAGAUUACGAAAAUACAAAUUGCUUCAUAGCUUGCCAUUUUCCCGAAGAAAGAAAAAUGUAACAGUAAGUACAAAACAAAUAAUGAUUAACCAAAUAAAAUCGUUUUUUGAAGAAGAUACAAACAGUAGAUUUGCAGCUGGAAAAAGAGAAUUUAUAAAGAAGACAGGUGAGAAAAAACAAAAGCGUUACUUAACCGAUAAUUUAAAAAACCUUCAUGCUAAGUUCUUAAGGGAACAUUACAUAAUAAGCUAUUCCACGUUUUGUAAAUAUAGAGCCUUUUGGGUAGUAUUUCCUAAAGUAGAUCGAGAUACUUGUCAGUGCAAAUUGCAUUCAAAUGUUAAUUAUUUGAUUAAGUCUCUGAAAAAUGCGAAGAUUAUUUCCGAAAGUACUGGUACAGACGUUAUCAAUAGCCUCUGUUGUGAAGCAAAAAGAAAAUGUUUGGAAGGCACAUGUAAAUUUUGUGCGAGUAAAGUUUUAAAUUACCAUGAAUUUCAAAAUGAUGAAAAAAUUAUUUUUUAUCAAUGGAUUGUAGAGAAAAAGCCAUAUACAGUGAAAGAUAAAGAGCAAAAAAUAAAAAUUGUUACAAUAAAAAAAAAAUUUGAAGAUUAUCCGCGAAAUGUUAUUCAGAAAUUAGAAUCCGUUUUAAUUACAUUUCUCAAACACAAUCUUAACAUUAUAGUGCAAUACGAAGCUAUUAAACAAUUAAAGCAAUCUUUAAAAGAUAAAGAGAUGAUAAUACACGUUGAUUUUAGCGAAAAUUAUUGUUUGAAAUAUAAUCAGGAGAUACAAUCCUUUCAUUUCGGAGGAAGCAGGGAACAAGUAUCCUUGCACACUGGGGUUCUUUACUAUAAAGACUGUGAUACUGGUACACUUAAAACCAAAUCGUUUUGUACUAUUAGCGAUUGCUUGCAACAUGGUGCAGGAGCCAUAUGGGCUCAUAUAUGUCCUAUUUUGAAGAUGGCUAGAACAUUGGCACCAUAUGAAACAUUACAUUUUUUGUCCGAUUCGCCUUCAAGCCAAUAUCGAAAUAAGAAUAUUUUUUAUGUGAUUACAAAAUUAAGAGAUUUUAACCCCAAUAUAAGAAAAGUAUCAUGGAACUAUCAAGAAUCUGGACAUGGGAAGGGAGCUCCAGACGGUAUCGGUGCAGUUGUAAAAAGAACUGCUGAUAGUUUUGUCAGAUAUGGUGGAGAUGUUGGUUAUUUUGAAGACUUUUGGUCGUUGGUGACCAAAAAUAUACCAAACGUUCAUUUUGAGAUCAUAACAGAAAAUGAUAUCAAUGAAAAAAAAAUUCCACCUGAUGUUCCAGGUUUUAAAGGUACAAUGCACGUUCACCAAGUAAUUUGGUCCGCUGAUUAUAAUAAAACUAUAGCUUUGAGAAAACUUAGCUGUUUCGAGUGUGAAAAUAGCAGCAAUCCUUGUAUACAUAAUAAUCAUUUAGGCUUUCUUCAUUUUGAUAACUAUGGACAAAUGGAGGAAGAUGCGUCAGUUAUUCAGUGUGAUCAAAAUAACUCUAUAAAUAAAAAUGACAAUGAGUCCAUGAUAAGCUUAAGUACGUCUGCAAUUUUAAAUAACCUAGAUGAAUCAGAUAUUUAUAAAAGCUUAGAGUUUCUUAGAGAUCCAAUAGAUUUGCAACUUAUGCCAUUGGUUAAUAAAACUAGACAUCCGACAUCGAUCAGAUCUCCUAAAGUCAAAAUUUUAUCUGAGGAAUUCGAAAAAUUUAUUCAAUCAAAUAGUUCAGAUAAAAAGGACAAAGGUUACAUUGGAUAUACCAGAUAUGAUUCUGACAGUGAUGAUUAUAAUAUUUUUUAAGGGCGAGCCGACGCACUUAAAAUACGUCAAAUUAUGUAUGUGGUUUUUCAUAGUUUUCCAGUGCACCCAAGGCUGAGGUAAUAUCAAGGUGGAUUAUUUUGAUUAACUUUAAAUUGUUUAGUCUGAGAGUGAGUUACAUCAAUAUUUUGUUAAACAUUUUAGAAGAUUUUUAUUCUUUUGUUAUUAUUUUAAAGUUUUCAGUAGAUUUGUAAGAUAAAUAUUAUUGUUUUGAAGUACACAAAUAAGAGAUCUAAGAGUGUUAUUAUUAGUAUUGUUUUAUUUGCUAAUUAUGUUGGACUAUAUGAAACGACUUGGCUAAGAAACAUUUACAUAAUCAGAUAAAAACUGUAAAAAUGUUUCUUCUAUUAUUGUUGAUUUUUGGAGACUGAAUUGUAAUUGUAAUAAUCUGAAUAGAAAUAAAAAAGUGAUUUUACGGAUUCUUUUUUUCCUUAAUUAACUAAAUUAUUACAACCCCUACAUACUAGUAUACAGUAUAUACAGUUAUUAGAAAGUAUUUCAUUACUAUCCAUUAGAAAAAUUACCAUCAGUUCUAUUUGCAUUACCAUCCAAUCAAAUAUCUUUUUCAUUACCAUCCAGUUGUUAAUUUCAGUUACUAAAUAUGAAAACAAAGUGCCUUUUGCUGUUUAUAAAUCCAUUAAAAAUGUGAAUUCUAUUACAUAUAAAAUAUAUUUACUAUAUGCUUAUUUUUUUUAUUACGCGGAAUAGUUCUAAUUUGCACGAAACGACAGAAUCAACCAUAUAUAUUUGAAGUUUAUACUUAUUAUGAUAUUAAUAGAUUUCUUCUAAAAUAUAAUUUUUGAGCUGUUUUUUAAAACUUAUCCUUGAUUUUGCAUCUUUUAUUUUUAUUGGCAGCUUAUUAUAUAUUAUUACACCGUCAUGUUCAAUGUUUCUUUUGCCGUAGUUAGUUCUGGGGGCGUGAUAUUAAAUGAUUUGCAUUUCGUAGUUUAAUUUUUUGUAUUUGGGCUUUUUUACGAAACGUUAACGAAGAAUGAAUCUGGCCAUUUAAUAUUUUAUUUAUUAAAAUGCAUGUGAAGUAGGUAUAAGUUUGCUUGAUAUUCAUUAUUUUAGUAUCUUCGUAGAUUUUUUUUGUAGGCGUGCGGUAAUUAUAAUGAAACAAUGAUUUAAUCUAUUUAUUUUGUGCUACUUGGAUUUUUUCCAGGUUGGAUUUAAAAGCUGUACCCCAAACUUCGAUUAAGUCUAUGUGUGGUUUGAUCAAAGAAUUAUAAAUAAAAUAUUUGAUUUUUCGCGGUAGAUAUUUUGAUAUGUUUCGUAUGGUACCGGUCAAUGAUAGGAGUUUGGUGUUAAUCUUAUGUUGUGAAAAUGUUUAUUAUUUACGUUACAUUUUUUACAUUGAAUCGAAUAUUUAUAAUGAUUUUAUGAAUGGAAGAAACGAAAGAAGAAAUAUAAUUUACUCCUAAUUGGACUAUUGGGAAUUUACUAGCAAUAAGAAAGGAAUAAUAAGGAAUAUAGAUAAGUAAUUCCUUAAGGUAAGGGGGAGUGCAGUACAACACAUUAUAAAGCAAAGUGAGAACAUGUUCUUCACGGCGCAGUCUAAUAGGAAGCCACUUUAGCUCCCAUAAUUCUUAUUUUAUUUUUUUAUCCUGCAGCGGACGCUUUAAAAUGUUAUGUGUGUAGAGGAUGCCAAACAGUAUCAGACAAUGACUAAAAAAUAUGCUCUCCUCUUACUACGACGUCAGCAACACCUACAGUAACUGAAACUCCCACACAUGGACCAACUGAAACACAAACUUCACCGCCGACUGAAACACCAAAGACUGGGGCCUCAACUACUACUGAGGCCAGGACAAUACCAUCGACUGAAACACAAACAGUACCUACGACGUUGCCACCGACUGAACCCCCAACAGUAGUACCCACAACGUCACCGCCGACUGAAACAAAAACAGCAGUACCUACGACGUCACUGUCGACUGCAACACCAACGACUGGAAUCUCAACAACGACUAAGGCAUCAACAACGAUUAAGGCCUCAACAACUACUGUGACCUAAACAAUAUCAGCGACUGAAACACAAACAGUACUUACGACGUUGCCGCCGACUGAACCACCAACAAUAGUACCCACAACGUCACCGCCCACUGAAACAAAAACAACAGUACCUACGACGUCACUGUCGACUGCAACACCAACGACUGGAAUCUCAACAACGACUUAGGCAUCUACAACGAAUAAGGCCUCAACAACUACUGUGACCUAAACAAUAUCAGCGACUGAAACACAAACAGUACCUAUAACGUCACCGCCGGCUGAAACACCAACAGUAGCACCUACGACGUCACCGCCGACUGACCAAAAGGUCCCUGGAAUAAGCGAGGAGGCCGAGAGACCGGACUUGACAAAAGUAUCAUGUACCGUAUGUCCGCGUUGCUCGCUCGGUCGAAUUUAAAGGGACGGACUCAGUAUUAUCUUUUAUAACCUCUUCUCCUUUUCUUAAAGUAACAAUAAAACAAUAUAACGAACGGACUCACAAAAACCCAAACCGUCGCCUUCUUCUUCGGGUAACGUAGUCCUUUCGCUUCGAAACUUCCACGGAUCCAAAGUCAAACCUGCGUACCGUCUUCUUAAUUACAAUUUUUUCUCAAGAUGCGUUGCGUCGAUUCUUCGUUAGGAUAAGACCGUAGAUAGGCUCCUGAAGAAAUCUGGCUGCUGAAGACCGCACUGAAGAGCUUCUUGAAAUUUUGCGUACGUCGACCGUAUAAUUUUCUGUCUUGCAGCUACCGAGAAGGACCAAUGAGUAGGUCACGAGGUUUGAUUAUUACACGAGCUGUAACACUCAGCGAUAAAAUAAAGAAAAGGUUGAAAUGGCGACGGCGGUGCGAAGCUGUGCAUGAAGCGUAAGAAAGUGUGUGCCGCCGCGGCCCAUUGUCCCCUUGGUCGUGGUCCCUCCUCCCGCACGUCUCCUCUCGUGUGUAAGACUAGUCGGCGACAAACUGCUAAAUCCUUUUACUAAGAUGAUAUUAUAAUAUUCACACAUGCUAAGUCCUUAAUAGUUAGGUUAUGAUUUGAAUGUGUUUAAAACACUGGAAUACCACACUGAAUGAAAAAAUAACUUAAAGAUAGAAAAAAUAGAUUUACCUUGUUUAUAAUUUUGUCAUUUACCAACACGACGUAGUUAAUUAUUUGAUUAAAACAUUGAAAAUCUUCGAGCGUCCCAACAGGCCCGUGGACGGCGUAACUUUGUCAGAUUUUUAAUAUAAUAUUAUUUUUUAAUGAAAUGAAUUUUUUUUCUAAUAAUGAUCGACAUUUUAAAUUUACUUUUAUAUUGUAUGUAUUAGACUUGUUGUUUACGUGAUAUACUUUAUUUGACAUGUGAAUUGUUUAUUGUUUGAAUUUUUCGAAUCAUUAAUCUACUAUUAAAAAUAAUUUAACAUUGCGUGCUGCCAUAAAAUUGCUAUGCCCUUGCAGGGCGUCACAUGUUAUAAGACCUUUUGUACCCCAAAUACCAUGUACACACUUGUGAUAUGCAAUAAAGUUUAUUAUUAUUAUGAGUACACAACUGAGGCCCCAACAGGAUUGCGCAGGUUUUCGAUGUGUGUAGUUGUGCACGGUUUUUCAAUCCGAUUGAAGAUUAAUAUCGACUUUAUCCCUUUGCCAUAAUUUACUUAGCAGGUUAAUCAAUUAGGCCGACGAUUUGUGGCUUUGAAGAAUAACUGAACCAAUUAUAAGUUUCACGAAUUAAAAUUAUAUAUUUCUAAGUAACGUUUCUUUUUAGGCAUGCGACAUAGCCAAUUGCAAUGAAUGGCAAACACAGCGUUCUAACACUAAGUUUUCGUUAGUUGUCUCAUUUUUAAGUAAUUGAUGAAAACCGUUGGUGGUUUCUGUCAUAACGGAAGCGUUGUCGGUACCGAUGCCGAUAUUUCUUUUAAUAUUUAGGUUUAACCUAGACAGUAAUGACUUUAAGCCAUUUACUAUGGUGGUCACUGUUCCAUCUUCCAGUUCUACUAAUCCCAAAAAGGUGGAAGCGAUUUUGUUAACGGUGUAAUAUUAAAAUAUAAAAAGUUUGUUGUGAAAAUUACUUUAAAUGGAUAGGUCGAAAUUAAUUAAAUAGAAUACUCGGGCGCCAGACCUACCACAUUAUUAUUAAACCAUAUUAGCCGGGAAAACAUUGGACUAUUAAUAGCAAGGGAGUUUAACGCAAAUCCAUGUUAAUUUUGGGUUUGUAAUUUUAUUUAAAUUUACUGCAAAAUUACUUACGUCCAAAAGGGUUACUGCUAAAGGACAAUGUUAAAAUUGGCCUAAGAACCAACACCAAUUUGGCAUUUAAGAUAAUUAUUAAUUUUUUUUUUUGAUAAUUAUCAGUAUUUAGAUUGUGACGGACACUUCCAGUUAAGUAAGCUAAAUUAAAGAGUUAAAAAAUAAUCUGAGACAAUAAAUACCAUUUUAAGUGUAUAAUCUAUGACAGCGCUGCAAACUAAACACUCUUUCUUUCUUAUGCCGGCACUUCACUUACUAUUCGUAUUUGUUAUUUUAAAACAUGACAUCAGUCUGUCCUUUUCAUUCCUUAUUAAGCAUGACAAGGACAAACUGUUGUCAAGCAAAGGGCCGGCAUAAAACUCGAUACUCUGUGGUUGUGGUGCAAGCAGGCAGUUUGCAUUCGUAGUAAUCUGUGGCAUUUGUGCAUUCCAAAGAGUAAUAUAAUAUACAGGAAAGUGCAUUCUCGUUUCGGAUUACCUGUUGUUUGUGUGUGUUUAUUUGCGAUUGUUUUUCCUUUAAUUUAAACUAUUUCGGUCAUCGAUGUUACCAAAGAGCAGAGACCUUAUUACCAAGUGCUAGUGAACUUGUGUCACAACAUCCUGAGAGGAUCAUACUGCCAAAUUAUUCAAGAACACCUGAUACACAUUCACGCUGCAAAUUUACACAAUAUACAUGUGAUAUACAAAUAAAUACCAUAUACAAUAUGAUACAAUUAUGUGAAAAAUAGUCAAUAAAUAAGAAGCAAAACUACAGUUUUUAUUUUAUUCAUGAUUCCUACCUAUAUUAAAUAGUUAUUCUUUAAAAUCGCACCGAAUAAAAUGAUGAGUGAUUGAUGAAAUGAAAUGAUUAGUUCUAAUAUUAAUUCACUUCAUACUAAGUUCAUAGGUUAACCUAUGUUUCAUUGAAUAUUAAACAUAACCUCAAAAAACAUUUAGUUUUCCUAAUAAUUUAAGUUCUCAGAAGUGUCCGUCAAUAAUCUUUGUUUUUACAGUCAUUUACUUACGAUUUCGAACCUAGAAAACAAUAUUUCAUGAUUGUUGGUUCUUAGGCUAACUAUGUAUGGACGCUGAACAAUGUCCUUUAGAAACUAUUCUACACUAUGACUACCAAGAAUUAAAUGAAAAUUUACCUGUAAUAUGGGUGCUGGUACAACCAUAUAUUUGAAUAUUACCGACUUUGCUGCAUCUUUGGAGUUAUGUAUGUCUGGUGUUGCAAAUAUGUAGGGGAUGGCCGUUUUUAGGUCCCGUGGGUUCACCUCCACAUCACGGGAAACAUCGUGAUUUGAAUACGAUUUCCAAAUAAAAUUCCAAAUAUAAAAAAAAACGCUUUUCGCUGAAAACGAACAUUCCUCAGAUUAGCACAUGGCUCACAACAAAGGAAAAAUGUAAAUCUUAGGGAAUCUCUAAGGUUCUUACCGUUUUUUCAAUUAAAUUAAGCUUAAAGCAUCAUCAACGCCAUUUUGUAUGGAUGAUGUAAAAUGUUUCAUCUGAAAAAGAAAUGAAAUGAAUCCUAAUGUAAAUCAUUGAAAUAUAUGAAUUAAAACACUUUUCGAAUUUGGAAAAACACUUACCAUUAAAAAAUAAUUGACAAUCUAAUGAAUUAUCAUGUGACAAAUUACGAUUACGAUUUUUACAUGUUUCUCGUAAAAAUUUUGGUAGUGAAGUGAAGUGACAGUUCUUUUCUUAAGUUUGUCUUGGCGGUAGGCAAAGAGAACAACGUCCAUUCAGCCUACUGCUCGAUAAAUUUAGCAACAUAAUUAUUCAAAAGUGCACAGAUUACAGAAAAUGGGCGCGAGAUAAAAACGACCAGAGAGACAACCAAAAAAAAUCUUCUAUCUCGCUCUUCGAGCGAAGGAGAUCCAUGUGACGUUUUUAACAUGUUACAUUUCACCCUUCCCCGAAUAAAGCAUCGAGAAUCGAGGCUGAAGAAACUACAGCUAAAGUUCAAUUACCAAAAGCCAAAACGAAAUCCGUUGAAUUAUGGAUGAAAACGAAAACCCAAAGUGAAAAGAAAAUAACUUCAAAUAAAGUUAUCCAAAUACCAAAACAUCAUCAAACUAUGGAGUCCUUGGACAAAAAGUCACAAGUCUCAAAACAAAAGCUGUUAAACGGAAUUAGUCACAGACCCAAAAUUAUUAAAAACCUAAAGCAAAAUGCUCUAAAAUAAAAGUAUGCAACGCUUACUACAAAAAAAAUUCAACCACUAUCAUCAUCAUUAUUGAGAUCUGUCAGACAUAAAAAGUCGCAGACUCUAAAAAAUCUCUAAAUUCAAACUACUCUAACUAAACCCUGGGGAGAUCUGUUAGACAACUAUGUCGCAGACUCUAAAAUUUCCUAAACUAAAACUCCUUCAAAACCUAAACCCCUGUGAGAUCUGUUGGAUAUUAAAAUCGCAGAUUCCUAAAAUUUCUUAAACUACUACUCUACUACUCUUAACAUUAAUUUCUGAAGGUCUGUUGGACAUCUAGGUCACAGACAGAAAACUACAAUCUACUCCUACUACCAACUCUUGGGAGAUCUCUUAGACAGCUAUGUCGCAGACUCUAGAAAAAUCCCACCCCAGUACUGCUAUACUAAAAAGUCGCAAGACCUAUUAGUUAAAUCCCCAAAAAGUUCGAGAUUAGUGGCAAAAUUGACACUAACUCAUUUAAGUCACAAUCAUGGUCGGCACAACACCACCGGCUUUCCGAACAUGAUGUGCAAAAGGCGUCGAGAACAAACAGUUCGACAAAACAAAAUGUAGUGACGAAAGUCAAAACAGCAAAAAAAAUUUGGCGAAAACCAAAACGUGACAUUCAUGGCCGACUCAACACCAACGACUUUCCGGACAUGAAGCACCCAAAACAAAAGUUGUAACUACAUGAUCGGCACUACUCCACCGAACUUCCGAGCAUGGAGCACAAAAACAAACAAUUGAUGUCCAUAAAUAUGGGCAAACAAAAUACCAAAACAAUAUGGCAAAACCAAAAAGCGUCAACAAUGUUGAACAAAAAGUCGAAAUUGCAACUUCAUGAUUGGCACAACACCACCGAACUUCCGAACAUGAUGUGCAAAAACAAAUAAUUGAUGUCCAAAAAUAUGGGCAAACAAAUUACCAAAACAAAGUGGUAAACCAAACAAAUCGUCAAAAAUAUUGAACGAAAAAAGGUCAAAAUCAUGGAUGUCAAAUCCAAGGAAAAAGUAGGGAUCCCAAAAUGUCAAAUCCGGGUGUAACAAUUAUCACACACACAAACUUCUACACAAAACAAAUUGUUAUAAAACAACAAACAUGCAGAAACACAACUAUAGUACUAACAAAUAAGUUUGUACAAAAAUAACAAAUGAGGACAUAUAAAAUCCUAAUAAAAAAUGUGUCCAUACAGAUAAAACAUCUGCAUGAAACAAAAGGUUAUAAAAUCUUAUGAUGCAGAAAAUAAGUAGGCAUACUACGUAAAUUUAAAUUUUACAAAAAAUUUUCAAAGUCAAAUAAUAUAAUGGCAAAACUUGAAUUUAAUAAAAACCAAAAAGUCAAUGAGUAAAGUCAAAUGUAAUUGAGUAAUAUCACUUUCUUUCAUCAUCUUACACGAGGGAAACCUAACAUACUUCACGCAGAAAAUCAACUAUCAAACCCUCAAAAUUACCCAAGUAACAAAAGUCAAAACACAAAGAUAUGUUUAUGUUUAACAAAACUAACCAAACAACAGCUAAGCAAUCUAAAUUUUCAAAAUGUCUUUAACGUGGUAACGACCAGAAGUACCUUUAACCAAAUCUUUUAAAACAUAAACAUUAUUAGAAACUUUAUCAAUAAUCUUACAUUUAAUAAACUUCGGAGCUAGUUUUGCCGAAAAAUAAUGAGCAGCACUAGAUUGAACAAAAUUCCUUCUCCAAACAAUAUCACCUACAUCUUAAGAAGUGACUUCACGACGCUUGUUAUAAUAAGAAGCAUUACGUUUAUAUGCUUUAAAUAAAGUUCCAGUAACUUUAACAAAAAUACUUUCAAGUGAAGAAAGUGAAUGAGCAAAUGCAGAACGGUCAACAAGAUCGAUCUGUGAUAAAUUAUCAAAGGAAUUACUAAAACGGUGCAAUGACGCAUCAACAAUUAACUCCCUACCAAGCAUUAGGAAAUUCGGAGUGAACUCCGUAGCCAAAUUAACACUACUAUUCAAAGCUAACUGAACAUGUGGAAGAAAUUUCGACCAAGAUCAUCACGAACGAAGCAAGAAAUGCAAGUUUCAACCGUCUUAUUAUAACGCUCCACUGGAUUAUUCUGAGGCGUAUAUAAAGUAUUAUAAAAUAUUCUAUCAAUAUUAAAACCUUUAAGAAAAUCUACAAAAUUUCUAGAAGUGAACUGAGUACCGUUAUCACAUACAACUAUUUUUGAACAUCCGAAUUUAAUGAAGAUAUCUUUUUCUAAGAACUUACACAUUGAUCUAUUUGUUGCAUUAGCCAGAGGAAAUAACCAACAAUAUUUUGUAAAAACAUCUACUACAGAUACAGAAUAUAAAUUUAUGACCAGAAUAAGUUUUGGGUAAGAUUCCAAUUAAAUCCAUACUUAACAUUACCAUAGGUCUAUCUACUUUUUUGGGAUUAAUCAUAGUUCCAAGUGGUUUAGAAGUCGAAUGCUUAUAAGCUUUACAAAUAUCGCAACUAUUAAUAUAUUUAUGAACAUAAUUAAACAUACCUUUCCAAAAGUAAUGUAGUUUUAUUUUAUGCAAAGUUUUAUGAAUUCCUAAAUGACUCGAAUUUAAAUCAUCAUGAUUAUUUCUAAUAGAAUCUAAAAUAUGUUCUUUUGGAACAACAAUUUUCCAAUCUAUAUUAUUAUUAACGCUAUAUUUUGAUUUACAAAAUCUAUACAAAGUAUCAUUUUCUACAUUAUAAACUCAGUAAACGAGAUAAAUUCUUACCUUUGGGCAUAUCCAAAACUUGACGCAAGAUGUGGUCGUAUCUAGCAACGAGUUGGACAAUUGAGAGAAAAUUUCCGUGGUUUCCUCCCUCACUCAGAUCCUCUCGAUGUCCUCUCAAAGCCAAAGAACUCUUCGCAAGAGUAAUUAUGAUAUCGAAUAAUCUCCGAAGAACUUGUCUCCAAAAUGACGCUUCUUUGCGAAUUUCAUCUUCAAGUUCUCUGUCGAUGGUAGAACUUUUUUGCCACGCUUCAUAUACAGCGCACGCCUCCGUGUGUGCUUUCGAGGAACCAUGUUGCUUCACUCUAUCUGAUAAAUGCCUCCAGUCCCGGAUGCCUGUGCACCAUGCAUUUAUUUGCGAAGCAAACAACCAACACGGUUGGCAGUAGGCAGCAUCCAGAAUUUUCGAAUAGCAUAUCCAAAAACGAUCCACUGGACCGUAUUGUGCCGUAGAAACGUAAUACGUUUCUGAAAAGCUCCUGUUAUCUUGGUGGGGGUCUUUCGGAAAAGGUCCCGGAGGUUUCAAAGGUCCUUUGUCAAGAAUCAGCCGUUUUUCGUUAUCGUUCAAUUUCUUGUUCGUGUACUUUCCCAAGUCAUUUGAAAUUUCAAGAAGUUUUGAAGAUGAAGAAAUGGAUGAUUCUUCUAAUGUAGGUUGCACGGAAGCGUCGCGGUAGUCAUUUUCAGCAGUGGUAUUGUCGGUAGUUAUUGGAUCCUGAUAUUCCUGAUCUACUCGAGUCACUUUAUUAAUUAAUACAGCUGUGUCCACGUUAUCAAUAAUUGAACACUCGUCACUUUUGACCGAUAUUCCAGCUGUUGAAGGAACUGUAGCAGAAAGCGGUUUCGUAAAAAAGCUGUCUAGCUUGGUCAAUUUUUUUUUACUUUCUUCCCUUUCUUGACGUUGUUUCCGCUUUGCGGCACCGCUACGUUCCUUUUUUCUUUCCAUAAUUUUUAAUUACAUGGAAAAGAAGAAACAGUUCAAAAUACAGUGGUACACGGUUUUUAUUGGACUCGAAGCGAUUGCAAAGCGAUAUUUACUGAAACAUAGUGGUCAAAUUACAGUGUAAUCCAAAGUAAAUUUUAACAGUUCAACACUGUUAAACACAGUGUUGUGUGUCCGUGUGUUGGUGAUAACGUCACUAACCGUAUAAAGAACAGUGUAACAACCGUGCCACCACGGACCUAAAAAAAAGACGGACGUAACCUCGUCUAAUCACGAGUGAAGCAUGCAAAUGGCCGCCCGUUUACCGUGUGUGCGUGAUUUGAGGGUUGUCAUAUAAGUCAUCAAUUUCCCUAUUUUUUAAAUGUCUCAAACUAAAAUAUUGUUAACACUAUGUAGGUAAUCCCGUUAUUGUAAUAUGUAUUUAUUACAAUAACGGGAUAUUUACCAUGUUUUUAUUAGAUGUGAGCUCCCGAUAUUUCAGCAAUUUAAACGGGUGCACUUUAGAAACAUAAUGUGGGUCUAUCAAACAUCAUUUUUAUGACGACCAUUAGAAAAAUGAAAACACUUGCUACAUAUAAAGAAAUUUAUUAUUUACAUAAAAAUUAAGUAUCUGGUUAAAUAUCAUACAUUAAUAUACCUAAACCGCGCAGAUUAAUGCUUAAAAUAAAAAUAUAAUAGACUAAUAUUAUUAUUUCUUCUUUUAAAUGUAAGUGUUUCAUUCAUUGAUUUAGUAGGUAUUUAAAGACUGACAGAGUGAGGAAAAGAGAUAUGUCGAUAUGGGGACAGGAACUUCAGAAAACUGUCAAACCCUUGCUUCUGAAGCAUUCGUAUUCUUAAUAUACGGAAUCAUUUAGCAUUUUAAAUUACCUCUGGGAUAUUUACUGGUAAGUGCAGAGCAGAAAUUUAAUUUUAUUUAUUUAUGUCUUUUAAAAUGUUAUGAUGCAGGCUUAAAGUCGCAUGCUUAACAUUCGAUGGUCAUUCAAGUAAUUUAACAUUAAUGUAAUUAUUGGGAUGUAAAAUAGAUAACAAAUAUGAAUUAAAUACCACCUUUUAAAAUCCUGCAGAUGGAUCGGAUGUGGCUGUAUUUUAGAUCCUGUCCAUAUGUUUAAGCUUAUUAGUAAUAAUUGGGAAGCUAAAAAAGGGAUUUAGAUAGCAGUAAUAAGGAAAUCUAAUGGAAUCAGUUAAAUAAACUGCAAGAAAAAGAAGGAUUGUAUUUCGCCAACAAGCUUGCACGAAAACACAUUAUGCCAAAUGCAUAGAAAUAAUCUUAACCGGGUAGUAAUUGAAAAAUACUUAUCUUAAUGCGUAAACAAUAAAUUAUAAACAAAUAGUACAAAUACAGUAUCUCAUACUUACCCUUUUUGGAAUGGCGUACGGAACCAAACAACGUAGCCCCUUAGCUGUAUUUUUAAAAUCUAAAUUAUCAAAAUGUGCACUGCACACAGUACUGGCAGGUGAUGGGUUCCAAUUGUUAUCCUCUCUGCAGUAUCGAAUAAUUAAAACCCAGUCAUUUCUACGUUUUCUAUUUCUAGGAAACCUAUUAGAAAGGAGGCAAUACAAUAAUUUAUAUAGAAAGAAGAAAGAAAGAAAUUUUAUUGACCUUGAAACACAUAUACAAACACAGAACACAGAAAGACAGGCCAACUAGGUCCCUGCCUCAGCUUAAUACUACAGCAACACCAGGGCUGCUGCAGCGCUGAUAAUUCUGGCAGGGUUGACGAGACAUUUUUAAUUUAAUAAUAAAACAAGAUUAGAACCAUAACAAUCAACAAGAGAAAAAAAAAUAACAACAUAGGUUCAAUGCUUUUAGUAUCUUAAAACAAGAGAAAUGAAUUUAUUAAAAAAUCAAAUAAAAAUGAAGUAAGAUUAAUCUAUGACAAACUAGAACUUACAAAAACCAAAACUAAAACCAAACAAUAAAAAAAACACAAAGAAUUAAUUAGUUACAAUCAGUUGCUAAACACAAAAAAGUUUGCGACAUAUUUACAUAUAUAUAAACAACAAAGAAUUCACAGCGAGAACAUACCAUUUUAUAAAACAUAAAAUAUUCUAUGAAUAAUAUGGCUUCUAUUCUUUUCCUUUUGGGAUACGGAACCCUAAAAAGUUACGAAAUCUGACCUUACCGAGUCACAAAAUCAAGAAAUACAAAAUUCCCUACUUUUAGGAAAAAUUUCCCGUAAAUAAAGAAGCCAUACAGUUGUAUUUUUGUUUACAAAUUUCAUCCCAGUAAAUAAAAUAUAAUAUGGAAUAAAUAUCAAGAAUUGUCAAUACUUACGCAUGGUAGGUGAUUCCUUGUGACUUUUUAAAUUUAUUCGUGUAGUUUUUACAGGAUUUCACCACACAAGACGGCAUUUUUAAUUAUUUUUAUCAGAGCAAUUGAAUGUGUGACUGCCGCUGUCACGCGGGGUCAAAUGGCAGCGGUUUGUCCGACCUGGUGCAUUAGUGUGAGUCAUGGAGCACCCCCACUAGAGUCCGCAUACAAGGGCAAGCGCUUACGCCAAGCUUAAGUAGUAUAUUACGUAUGCGUGAGACACGCCCACAGACGUCGCUAUACAUCGUUUCAUUCCGAAGCCGAGCGUUAGCAGAAGUGCUUCUCUCGUUUUUGCGUUAAAAAACUAGAAAUAAUGCCGUACUGUGCAAUUAAAUUAUGUGGAAAGUGGAGUAAAACUUCCAGUCUUCAAAAAGAUGGUAUUACUUUUCACCGGUAAGUUUAAAUGCAUUACAAAAAGACAAAAAUACUCUUAUAUGAAAUUGCUUUUAAUUGUAUUUAUUUUUUGGUGAACGCGUUGAUGUCUUUUAACACUAUCCCUUUCUCGCAUGCGCUACAUCAUAUAUGCUAUUCCGCUCUCACACCGGCACGUGUAUUGCUAGUGACUUGACGCAGCUCAUGUCUGUACCCGUAAGUUUAUCGAUAAGUUUGUCAGCUACGGAAAUAGAAAAAAUAAAUAAAAACUAUUUAUUUCAUCGUAUACAAUAACAGAUAUCAUGAGUAGACAACCAACAGUUUUUAAUCAUAUCGUACUAAAAUUUUAAACCCGAAAAUUUGUAUGGAUGUUUGUUACUAUUACACGAUUAAACCGAUUUGUAUGAAAUUAAGUGCGCAUACUUUAUGACCUAGAUAAAGACAUGGAAUUAACGAUAUUAAAUACCCUAGAUAGACCACGAGCGCUCAAAAUGUGUCCCAAUCAACAAGUGCUUAAGCUUUAUUCAAGCACUUCUUGGUUUACAGUCACGCGCGGACCGAUGUCGAAAAGUCAAAAUGCCGCAGAGCUCCGUAAAAAUGCGAAAAAAAUACUAAUAGUACGUAAAGUGUUGUUUUUUCGACAGGUAUCUAAUUAAUGUUUUUAUAAUUUGGUACAUAGUCAUCUUUAUGUAAUACAAUAAGUUAUUUAUAUAAUUUGAGCCAAAUAAACGUUUUUAUUAUUAUUAUUAUAAAUUUAACGCGUUUGAAGCAAAUUUUAUUGUAAUACUUACUAUAAACUGAUUUAAUAUAACAUAUUUGUGAUACUCAAAAGCAUGGUCGGUUAUACGUCGCCCUAUAGCCGUCUUUUCUCUUCGCGGUCUGUACCUGCUAUAAUAGCUAACAGCACAUUCAGAAUUGAGCGCGAAAAGUUAAAAAAAAAUAAGGUCUAUUUUCUUUCGCAUAUAACAAUAAGUCGUAAAAUUUUAGGAACUUGCAUUUUGAACUGCCAUAAAUCUUUGAUGCAUGCGUUUUAAUUAAGAGCUUAUGCCGUAUGCAUUAAAGGUGACUUUUUUUUAAAUAAUGCAUUACAUUGUUUUUGACCACGCGAUCAUCUUACGGACCUCUGUGAAUCGUCAAAUGUACCUUUUGGUCACGUUUCGGCCACGAUUUUGUACAUGUUGUCGUAUCUAGGGUAUAAAAUAUCGUUGUAUAGAAUACUUUUUGUAACGGAAAAAUGUCAGGUUUCUUUAGGAUUUUCAAAAAACUAAAGUUAACGUGGAUGAAGUCGUGGGUGGUAGCUAGCAUAAAAUUUGAUAAGUAUUUACCAAGUUCCUUCAAAAUCAAUAAUUAGGUUAUACUUAGCUUAUUUUGCGUGUGCUAAGUCAAGAGCCACGGACGUCACCGUAUUAAUAUUAAAUUCAUUAAGUCUGUAUAUCGCAUGUGCCUUUCACGAGAACAGCAACGAGCAAAAUCUUUAAAAAGAUAUUUAAGGUGAUAUCUUACAGACUGAUGCGAGAAUCAAAAUACAGUAACAUUACGUGUUUUAUCUAUUUCAUAGGUUUCCAAAAUGUGCCAAGAUGAAGGAACUUUGGAUAAGUGCAACUAAACGUAAAGAUUGGACUCCAACAGUAAACAGUUACAUAUGUUCUCGUCACUUUACCACUGACAGUCACUCCCGCAAACAAAACGAACCUGUACCGAGCCGAUGAGUAAGGCGCCUUAAGUUUUAAAAGUUGUCAUAAACAGCAUAUUAUUGUCUAUCUAGAUAUUUUUUUACGUGUUUUUUGUGUUGCUUAUAUUUUAUUUAGUAUGUAGUUACUAGUCGCGUCAUGUAAUUAGAACGCUGGAAGAAAGUGGAGAGAGUAUGUUUGCGCAUAGCUACACUAGCGCACCAAAGUACUAGGCCUCUGUACAAUGGAGAUCCGGCACUUAAAAAAUGCUAAACUUGUAUACAGUUGAAUUUGGUCUCAAAAUGAAGCCAAAAUUAUUUGCUACAUAAAACUAAUUUUGCCUUAUUUUUAGUGAAUCGUGGAAAGAAGUUAUAUAAUGAUUAAUAUUUUUUGAUAUGGAAACCCUAAAUCUUCAAGGGACAGAAUUUUACUUGAAAAUAUUACUCAAGUGACUGUAAAAACCAUGAUUCCUUUGCUUUUUCUAAAUAAAAAACCAAAUGUCAAUUUGACAAUCCUAAAAUACAAACAAAAAAAUCAUUCGCUCCCGCGUACUGUGAUUGUGAAUGUUCUCUGCUGUGAUUGCCUUUUUAUCCGUUAUUUCUCUUGACGACCCGGCUACAUAAUAGAGGUUAUAUUGACAAACCUACGUAUUUGACAUUGACAGCUAGCUGCUGAUGACAAAUAUUGCCAGACUACGUUACCCAAUUAUGAAACACAGAUAAAAAAAUUAAAAAAGUAUACAACUUUGGCACAUAAUGCCGGGUGUCCUUUAUUUAUCGAUAGAAAAUAUCGAUAUUUUCUAAAAUCGAUCUUACCCUCAUCACUUCGCUGCACUGAGUAUAUCAUCUGACCUUGACGUGUCCAAUCACAACGCGGCUGAUCUCCCUGCACGCCGCCGACUUUGGCGAUUUUGAUUUCAAACAAAAUUUGCGUGAUGCGGACUCUAGUGGGGGUACUCCGUGGUGUGAGUGUAGGUAGUGUACAACAAACGAUUUUGUCUGACCUUGCAUGCUUCACAUGAUUUGCCUUUGAUGUUACGUCCGUCUUUUUUUUAGGUCCGUGCGUGCCACACUGUAAAAUUGAAUGAAUCGCUCUGUAGUCAAUACUGUUACACUGUAACCGUUGCUGCUGCGUACAGUAUGAAAAUCGGUGAUGUCAUCUAAUUUUGACAGUUGAACACUUUUACUGGAAACAUUGAUGAAUUUACUGUAUCGAACUGUAAACAAUCCAGUGUAACUGUUAAAAUCUCAGUUUGGACAGGAAAAUUCUCUCUUCCACUAUAAAAUGAAGUGGGUACCCCGUUGUUUAAGCAGUUUACACUGCGAUAUUUACUGUUUCUUUUUUUCCGUGUAGUAGCUCAUUUGUCAAUUUGAAAUUGAAUUUGAGUUUAGAAUAACGUUGUUUAUUUUUUGUUAUCGAUCAUGUUGAGAGCUAUCAUAGAUUAUACGGUUACCGUUGUGCUGCAACCUGUAUCAUACAUAUUUUGUCAUCGGAAAUUUAUUUAGCGAAAAUGAGUUCUAGCAGAAUUUGGUGCCAGAUACUUGAUGAAAUAAGGCUGGUAGUAGGGAAUUACGAAUUACAACAGUCAGCGACACACCUAGCGUCAACUAUUGUAGUACGUCCCAGACCCCAGGAAGUUGAAAACAUCGCCACAAAUAUCAUAAAUGAGAACUGAUGCAAGGCAAGAGCGAAUGAAAGCUUCAUUAAAAAGUUGAUGGGUGGAAUUGGCAAAUUGAUCUCACUACCGUCAAGCACGUGAGCUUAUCGCUGAUCCAAUGUGCUACGGGCGUACUCAUCAAAACUACCAAAUAACCGAACUAACGAUAACAAACAGCACAUGCCUAUCGAGGAGGCUUGGCGCAUGUGUUGGAAAUGUUGAAUAAGGAGUUCUAUAAUUGUUGAUUUGAAAAAAAAAUAAAAAAUAAAUAAAAAAAUCUUGUGAGCAGGCUCGAGCCUCGAGUCUCGAGCCUGCUCACAAGAUUUUUUUUUAAUUAAUUUUUUUUUUUUUUUUUUUAAUUUUUAAUUUUUUUUUUUUCAAAGCUGAGGUUUGAGGGCCCCCUGAGCUCCGGGGCCCUGGUGCACUGCACCUCCUGGCCCUAUGAUAGCUACGCCACUGAUUGUGGUCAACCUUGUCGAACGCACUGCUAAAAUCUGUAUAAAUGGAAUCUAUUUCUACGCCAGAGUCGAUUGAUUUCGUUAGUUCAUUAACAUACGAAACAAGAUUGGUUGCUGCUGAUUUAUUUUUACAGAAUCCGUGCUGGUUUGCAUGAAUGAUGUUUUUAAAAUGGGAAGUUAAAAACGGGCAGAUGAUUUUUUCAAAUAAAUUUGAUAUUGCAUUCAGAAUAGAUAUUGGGCGGUAGUUUCUAACGUUAUUAUUAUCACCUUUUUUGAAGACUGGAAUGAUAUUAGCCUCGUUAAGAAAAUCCGCAAAAACACCCGUAGCAAUGGAUUUAGCUAAUAUGAUUUUAAGUGGCAGGGCAAUGUAUUUAGCGGUUCUUUUAAGAAAUAGUGGUGGAAUGCCGUCAGGACCUGCUCCUUUACUCUCGUCAAUUUUGGAUAAGAUCUUAGUGAUCAUGCGUUCGGAUAUAGCAACAUUACCGAGAGAUAACUGGGGAUAGUCACUAUCAUUAACUAAAUCACUGGGUAUGGAAUCUAGUUUCUGGGUAUAGACCGAGGAGAAGUGUGUUGCGAAAAGAUCACAUAUUUCGUUACCGGUAGAAGAUGAAGCCGUGUUGAGAUGCAUUUCACCAGGAAUGUUAGAUUUACCACCGCGGAGAUCCUUGACGUACGACCAAAAUUUUUUAGGAUUUUGCCUAAUCGAGUCCUCCACCCCAUCUAGAUAUGCAGCAUAACAUUUUUUUAUCAUUUGGUCCACUCGCUUAUUGGCAAGCUUAAGUUCAAAUGAAUCUCGCUGGUUGUUAUAUUUUUUGAAACGGCACCUAAUAUUAUCACGUUCAGAUAUUAAGUUAGUUAAAGCGCGAGUGAACCAUUUAGGAUAUUUUCUACGGCGGAUAAUAAGUUUGGGGAUAUUAGAAUGAAUGAUGUUCUUGAGGAUGGAAUAAAAUUUACGCAUCAUAACGUUGACAUCCUGCCCCCCAGCUCAGACUCCCAGUUCACAUUAUACAAUUUUUCAUUUAUAAGUGGAUAAUUAGCUCUUUUGAAAUUAAGAAUAGGACUUAAUUUACUUACAAGACUCGUCACAAUCUUUACAUCAACCAGAACUAAUUCUAGGAUUCUGUUGUUCGCAUUUUUUACAAAGUUAAAUUGUUCUAUACUGCUGUAAGACAAAAUCGACCAGGGCAUAACCAAGCAGACUAUUGUAGUUUGACGGAGUCAACCCACCAGCAGUCUCAUCUGGAGACCAAUCAAUAAAACCUAGGUUAAAAUCACCGAAAAUCAUAGUCCUGCUCCAGUUUGUAUUAACUAUAGAGCUGAAGUUAUCCAGUACUGAAGCGAGUACGCCAAGUGAUACAGGUGGAGGCACGUAGACACCGCAAAUUAAAAAGUCUUCUACCGUAUUAUUGAUUUUGACUCUAAUAGAUACCCAUAAGUCUUCGUUUCUACUUUCGUAAUGCUGAAUGCGGGCUAACUGGAUAUGUUUCGAUACAGCAAUUAGUACCCCACCACCUCUUUUAGAUAAAGAGGAUGUUGAUAGGCGGUCUCUUCUGUAAAUGGUAUACUUGUCGCUCAGAAGUUCGUUGUCGUUGAUGGUGUCAUCCAGCCAAGUCUCAGUUGCGAUUAUGAUGUCAUAAGAUAUUGUCAAAGAAGCGAGCCUGAUGUCAAGUAGCUUAGUGCGCAUGCCACGGAGGUUUUGGUAGUAGACGGUGAAUUUUGCAGUAGUUGAUACGGCAAUGUAAUCGUACAGUUCUGAAAAGGCUACAACUGCUUCAAGUCAUUCGCCGACUUAACCUGCCCAGACGGUGAUUCAUCAUUCUUGCGUAUAAAGAUUCGCCCGUUCCGUAUCCAAACAUAUUUAUAGCCUUUUUUUCUUGCUAUUUUUCUGGUUUCCGCGUGCGGCUCUUUAUAAUACGGGCAGAGAUGUUCAGAAAUAUAGACAGCGUUUUUGUCACAAAUAGAAAGAAAGAAAGAAGAAAGAAAAAUCAUUUAUUGGUUACACAGCAUUAUGUAGGUACAUUAAAACAAAACAGAAAAUAUAAAAUAAAAAAAAAAGUAUAACAACACAAAUAAAAACAAGAAAACUAAAUUCAGGUGCUGCUGUGCAGGGCCAACAGGUCGCUGUCUCAGCUAUGCUACUGUGGUAGUACUUUCGCAAUACCACAGCAGCGCUGAUUUUCAGCCAGCACCUAGUGAUGCCCGAAACGCCAAACAAAUUGCGACUACACAUACCUACUCGCAUCUUGUACGAACUACAAAAUGCGAGUGAUUUUAAAUAAAAGAAAUAAAAAAAAAAAAAAAAAAAAAAACGUCAAAUAAUAAAUUUUGUUCUAUAAAUAAAAUGAAAUAAUGAAUAAUACCUAUAAUUAAAACACACUACAUCUAUGGUGGAACUACAUUUUCCCGCCGCGCCGUACCGCGACACGGCUGCAGCGCACCAGAGAACUACUAAUCUGUGCCUUCGGUAAUCUAUGGCAGAUUUGACAUGGUCCCAUGGUGCAUGGACUUUGAUUCUGCAUGCCACGUAAUGGCCGCGCGCGCAGAGUGUGUUGUAUUUUACGUGGCAAUUCUUGAUAGAUCAACAAUAAAUCCGUGCCAUUUUGAAUGAGCGGGCCAAAAGUGAAAAACCAUGGUGCACAGUGACUUACAUGGAGUUAUUAGAGCAGCGUGAAAACAUUAAUGUAAGUAUUUUUCAAAAAACUAAUAAUGUGCUAUAUGUAUAAUGUUUAAGGUUUUUUUCAAGAACUCAAGAUUGUUAAUAUUGCUGUUAUUCUACACGUAGGUGGUCUCUGUACAACGGAUAAUUUAAAUUUAAAACGAGCUAUCUUCCAUGAAAUGAAAUUAAAGGCUAAAAGAUUCAGCCAAGAACAUUCUGCCCUUGCGUCACUAUAUUCCCACCUGCAACGACAUGAGGUAUGCCUUUAAGUGUUUUUUCAAUGAAUACUUUGUUUUUAGGUCACGUAUGGGUGGUGGAAGGUCAUUCCAGCAUCGGGAGGCAGCAAAUUUAAAAGAACCCCUAAAAGCCACAGUGCGAUGCUGGGGCGUCAAGAAGACGUGUGUGCAUACACGUCUUUGGUAUUUGAGAAGCUUUUGCAACCAAACCAGCUUGACAUACAGGUAUUUUGGUUUCUUUGUAUUUAUAACACCAAACAACAUAGUUGCAAGGUGAAGUUUUCGACGUGAUUCCAUUUUUAAUAGGUUUGCUUUGUUUAGGAACGGUGAUAUAUGUGAACGUGGUGGAACGUGAAAACAAUAACGAGCGCAUGCAUUCUGCACUCGCUGUAUCAUUUUAGCAGACCUGGACAGAAGACAUGGACCAUAGACAACAUCGCAAUAGUUGAGUUUGGAGAGAACAAGUGACUCGCACAGCCUAACCCUCAAAGUCUCACUUAUGUAUGGCCUAAUCUUAUACAAGACCUUUAUUCUAUAUAAACAGUUUCUGGCACACUCAAUUAUGUGGUCUUCGAAUUUCAAUUGGCUGUCGAGGAUAAGUCCCAGGUUUCUUGCUGUAUGUACAAGCUCAAUGGUUUCACCUUGAAUGUUUAUGUUAAAUGGUACUUGACCAUUGGUAAACUUUUGCAGGUUCUUUUUUGUACCAAAUAGCAUGAGCUUAGACUUGGUGGGAUUUAACAUUAGGCAGUUAGAUAUGCACCAGUUUGAUAUUUUUUCUAAAUCUUCAUUAAUUUUUGUUGCAGCAUCAGCAUGUUGCUCUGGUAAAAAUGACAAAUAUAGCUGAAGGUCAUCAGCGUAGAGAUGGUGUUUGCAGUGGCCAAUACUAUGUGUCAUGUCUGCACUAUAUAAAAUAUAGAGAAUCGGCCCGAGAAUGGAUCCCUGCACUACACCCCUUGUCACUGGGAGUGGGGUUGACCUUGAUUUGGACCCAUCGGCCAUAGUAAGUUCUACAUACUGUUUUCUGUUUGUAAGGUAGCUAUCGAACCAUCUCAAAGUUUUAGCAUCCACACCAUAGUAAGAUAACUUGGAUAAUAAAAUGCUUAUAUUAAUUGAAUCGAAUGCACGUGAGAAGUCCAGCAACAGUAGUGCGGUGAUCAUACCUUGGUCCUGAGCUGUGAGAAAGUUAUCUACCACAUCGCUGAGAGCAGUUGCUGUACUAAACCCCUUUCGAAAACCAGAUUGAUAUUGAGGUAGAAUAUUGUGUUCUUCAAGGUAUUUAGUAAGCUGUUCGCAAACUAUCCUCUCCAGUACCUUGGAUAAGCAAGGUAGAAGGCUUAUAGGACGUAGAUCUGAUAUUGAUGACAGCUGAUUAUUCUUUGGAAGAGGCUUAAUGACAGCCAUCUUCCAUAUUUCUGAAAAGAUACCUUGGUCUAUUGAUCUAUUUAUUAGUGAAAUAUAGCCCAGUUGCACGGUGUUAAGCUUAUCUUUUGGGUUGGCCUUAUUAAACUUUGAUACCGCAGCUAUGAUAUUAUCUCUUGUGCGAGUAUUUGGCAGUUUCACGAUUAUUGAUCAAGGUCUCUUGCUAGUGCUGUCAAGUUUUCUCACUCUGGUACAUGCAAUAAUGUCAGUCUCUUCGAUGGGACAAGAAAUUACUGUUCCUAUUUGCUUCACCAAUGAAAGUAUGUUUUCAGAUUUAUUUUCCGGAACGCCGUUGAUUUCGAUAUUAUUUCGUCGACAGUGCUGUUCCAUUAGGUUUAAUCUAGAUGAUAAAUCACGAAUAGUAUCAGCCUGCUCAAAGUUCUGUUUUUCCAAGGAAGAUAUCUUAUCGGUAUUGGUUUUUGUAGUCUGCUUUUAUAGCGUCAUAAUCGUCACUCAGGAAGAGAAUCGAGUUUUUUAACUCUUUCAAUGCAUUGAGUUCAUUUUUGAUGUCACGAAGUUCGUUCUCAAAGUUUUUCAUAGAAGACUUCAUUGCUUCUUUGAUGGUUAAUUGAAUUUCCUGUUUAAUAAAAGCCAACAGGUUUGGAUCUAAUUGUGAAGAAGAAGGUGUGAUUGCAGUUGAAACUUCUUUUGAGUUAUCAUGAACGUUGCUGUCAAACUUGGAACUCCGUAUUGGUGUGUCAGAGUUAUCACCACCUUUUGGCUGCAUAUUUUUACAGACUGGGCACUUCCAGGCGUUCUAGGAUUCUUUGGACAGUUUCUUGAAAUUUUCCUUGCUUAUAUAAACGCAUAUGUAGUGAUACGUCCCAGAACAUUUCGAACAUGUAAUCACAUCCGAAGCAGAGAUAAUUUUUUUACAACCACCACACGUGCUCAUUGUUGCAAAAUUUUCCCGAAUAUGGUAGAACUUUUGGGAUAUGGCAACUCUAUUUGUCUAUGGCGAGUUGUCAACAUGAGGUGACAGCUUGUCAAUUGAAUAUGACGCUUCCCGCUAUUAGGAUUUGGCGGUAGAAAGAAAAAAAAAAUUACAAGUCGAAAUGAUAGACGAGUUAUAAAUCACCAAAUCCUUUGUUUGGCUUGUUGAUAACACUUGUAUUAGUUGAUUGUAUAACACUUCACUGUUUGAACUCCUAUCAGCAACGAUAUUACGAGUAAACUAAAAAAUAUCUGAAUAACAGUGAAGACUGACUUCUGAUAUUAAAGCAAUCAUGAUAAGAUCGAUAUCAACCAUCACAAUACUGUCGAGCGAGCACCAUUCACGAAUGUUCAAAAGUCUCUGAACUGGUUCCGGCACUACGCGCCGUCGCGCACAAACGCGCGUCGCCUCGCGAAGGCGCGCGUCGCCGCGCGAAGGCUUCGAUUCAGCGCCAGUGAGGCGAUACCGGAAUCUUCACAAACUUCUGAUGCAGAGAGACACGCAGAGACUGAAAACGCGCCGACCCAGUCGCAAUUUCCGGAGGCUAGCAUUGAGGAAGCGCCACCACAACAACAAAAAGACCUAGCCUCGAGAGCUAGCAUGCCAUCACCAUCAGAACCUGCUCGUAAAAAAACGAAAUAAUCCGCAGAAAACUCAGCCACAGGAAGAUUCGGCAGAUAUCAUGCUUGCCGAAGCCCUUGAAUGCUUACAAAAGUCUUCCAACGACAUCACCAAUCCAUACUUUUCAUUUGGAAGACACAUAGCCAAUGAGCUAAGAAAAUAUGAUCCGCACACAUUAGCGUGUGUUAAGAACGCUAUCAAUAAUAUAAUUAUUAAAGCAGAUAUAGGGAAAUACACACAACAACAAAUUAAUAAAGGAUACUAUACACAGCAGUACAGUAAUUCCUCUACAAUGGACUCAUCUGGCACUUCAUUAUCAGACAUCACGUACCGCUACGUCUUCUCAUGCCAUAACACCAUCACCUAAUGCUAAUUUUGAAUUCGAAACUAUCACGGAAUUGUAAUUAAAAUAAACAGUUGAUUUUAAAUUUGAAUAAUUAUUUUUAUUUACCUUUACAUAAUCACUUAAGGCUUCAAAAUUAGUACAGUCAUUUGGUCGAAAAAAUAGAGGUUACCUGGAAAGUUUUCCGGGAGUUUUGAAAUUUGGCAAUUUUAUAGAUUUUGGUAUGCUCUUGCCAAAUUUCAACUUUGCCACCUCGUAUGGCUGCCGCUCGCGCCGCCAUAUUGAAAAAAUGGCGUCCAAAAGCAGUUUUUUGAUAAUAACUCCUUUCUGGCGCAUUUUACAGGAAAAACAUAUUUAUACAAAAUAAAAGUAGAGAAAAUUUCCUACAAUUUAUGUCUUAAUCUUUUUUUUCCUAAAAUCAAUAGUUUCGGCGUACGAGCACCGUAAACCAUUAUACAUCCACACCAACGUGUAAUAUUUACUUUAAACUGCUCAUAUUGUGAUUUGUAAAUUAUAAAAAUUAUACGAAGGUUAAAUAUUGUUCCAUAGAAUGAAAACCUAGCUAACUACUAGUCUACCAUGUCUAGCUAGUCUGUUAUGUCUCCGCAGGUAUAAAAGAAUGCGUCCCUUCUGUGUCAGGCCCCUUCUUUCCCAUCUAAGAAACAUCUGGCCUCAGCUGAGCUCAAUAGAAAUAUUUAGUCUGAGUCAUCAGUAUACGUUUAUCAUUUAACAGGGUCGUUUGCAUUUACAGAGCCAUGGCUUCUAAUUAGUGACGUGCCGGAUAUCCGUAUCCGUAUUCGUAUCCGCGGAUAUCCGAGGCAGAAGAAAGAUCCGUAUCCGUUACUUUUUGGGGGAUCUUUUACGGAUCCCCUAUAUCCUAUAUAUCCUAUAUAUCCCACGGACUUUUUAUAGAUAAAAUUCUUUAAGGCGAAGGGUAAGGCGCACUAGCGACGCCAAUUGCCGAAGUUCUG